AUGUCAGAGUCUUCUAGCACCCCUGCCAUGAAGAAGAUGGAUCAGCAGCUCCGGCUGCAGCCCAGGCCCAACCGUGUGAAGGUUUCCCAGGCAGCUGAAGACUGGAGACAGUUCCGUCUGCAGAAUGCUCUGCUGACUGGAGUGUCUUCAUGUACAAAUCCCUUCAGACCCCAGAAAGUCUGCUCCUUAUCGUAAUCAUGUGUCUCGAGGUUUCUCAAGCCGCUUUUCACGAAGCAGUGAACAUUCCGAGAACUAAAUCUGAAGUCUGUACAAAAGCGUCUCUGUAACCCGUGCCAUGACAUACAAUCUUCUACUUGUCAGUCCUUAACAUCUACCUCUCUGAAUUUUCAUGGAUUUCCGUUUCACAAGGUUUAACUAUUUUAUAUAGACUGGCUGUAGCAUACAAUAAAACAGCAUGCAAAAAGAGAAGGA